CCCCACUCCACCCCCCUUUUCGAAAGGAUUGCCUUUUUUUUUUUUCCCUCUGCGGCGGCGGAAAUGACAGUGGUGCUGCUGUGGUGUCAUGGUGCUGCCCCUGGACUGAGAGGCGAAAACUCUUAAGUUUAGCCCAGGAGACCCAGCUGCGGUAGCGUCACCGUCGCCGUGCUGUCCCCUGCGGGGCGCGCGGGCUGGCGGAUUCUGGUUGCUGCGCGGCGGCGGCGGCAGCGGCAGCGGCGAAGGCGGCGGCGAAGGCGAAGGCGGGCGGCGGCCUAGAGUGUCGGUGGCGGCGGCGGCUGCGAGGGCGGCCCGGGAGCUCGCGCCAGAGCCCGAGCCAGCUUGCUGCGGAGGCAGGCGGGCGCCCAGCGCUCUUGAGCGCGUGUAGGAGAUGGCUGGCACACGGGAACGCUAUGGGUCAAUUCUCAAUCUACAGCCCAGAGGUCAGGCUUGGUUUCAUACUCAUGGAUUUUCUGUGAAGGAAAGAAGACUGUGACUCCUCAGGUGAAAGCCCAGCCUCUGUGGUUCUUAAUGCCUCAGCAGGAUUAUUUUCACUAAAGAUGGAAACACUGGAGUCUGAAUUGACCUGUCCAAUCUGCCUCGAGUUGUUUGAAGAUCCCCUUCUGCUCCCUUGUGCUCACAGCCUGUGCUUCAGCUGUGCCCAUCGCAUCUUGGUCUCGAGCUGCAGCUCCGGUGAAUCCAUUGAACCCAUUACUGCUUUCCAGUGUCCCACGUGCAGGUAUGUUAUCUCGCUGAACCACCGGGGCCUGGAUGGCCUCAAGAGGAAUGUGACCCUGCAGAACAUUAUCGAUCGCUUCCAGAAGGCUUCAGUCAGUGGGCCCAAUUCUCCAAGUGAGAGCCGUCGGGAAAGGACUUACAGGCCCAGUUCCGCCAUGUCUAGUGAGCGAAUUGCUUGCCAAUUCUGUGAGCAGGACCCACCAAGAGAUGCAGUGAAAACGUGCAUCACCUGUGAGGUCUCCUACUGUGACCGAUGCCUACGGGCCACACACCCCAACAAGAAACCUUUUACCAGCCAUCGCCUGGUGGAACCAGUGCCAGACACACAUCUUCGAGGGAUCACCUGCCUGGACCAUGAGAAUGAGAAAGUGAACAUGUACUGUGUAUCUGAUGACCAAUUGAUCUGUGCCUUAUGCAAACUGGUGGGUCGUCACCGAGACCAUCAGGUCGCUUCACUGAAUGAUCGAUUUGAGAAACUCAAGCAAACUCUGGAGAUGAACCUCACCAACCUGGUUAAACGCAACAGUGAACUAGAAAAUCAAAUGGCCAAACUAAUUCAGAUCUGUCAGCAGGUUGAGGUGAAUACUGCUAUGCAUGAGGCAAAACUUAUGGAAGAAUGUGACGAGUUGGUAGAGAUCAUCCAGCAGAGGAAGCAAAUGAUUGCUGUCAAAAUCAAAGAGACAAAGGUUAUGAAACUCAGAAAGUUGGCACAGCAGGUUGCUAAUUGCCGCCAGUGUCUUGAACGAUCAACAGUCCUCAUCAACCAAGCUGAGCAUAUCCUCAAAGAAAAUGACCAGGCAAGGUUUCUACAGUCGGCAAAAAACAUUGCUGAGAGGGUCGCUAUGGCAACUGCAUCUUCUCAAGUUCUGAUUCCAGACAUCAAUUUUAAUGAUGCCUUUGAAAACUUUGCUUUAGAUUUUUCUAGAGAAAAGAAAUUGUUGGAGGGGCUAGACUAUUUAACAGCCCCAAACCCACCAUCCAUCCGAGAGGAACUCUGUACUGCCUCCCAUGACACCAUUACAGUCCACUGGAUCUCAGAUGAUGAGUUCAGCAUCAGCUCCUAUGAGCUUCAGUACACCAUAUUCACUGGCCAGGCUAACUUCAUCAGUAAGUCAUGGUGUAGUUGGGGCCUGUGGCCAGAGAUAAGGAAAUGUAAGGAAGCAGUAAGCUGCUCAAGAUUGGCCGGGGCGCCACGAGGUCUUUAUAACUCAGUGGAUAGCUGGAUGAUUGUUCCCAACAUUAAACAGAACCAUUACACAGUGCACGGACUCCAGAGUGGGACACGAUACAUCUUCAUUGUUAAAGCCAUAAACCAAGCAGGCAGCCGGAACAGUGAGCCUACUCGACUAAAAACUAACAGUCAACCCUUUAAACUAGAUCCUAAAAUGACUCACAAGAAAUUGAAGAUCUCCAAUGAUGGAUUGCAGAUGGAGAAGGAUGAAAGCUCUCUGAAGAAAAGUCAUACCCCAGAGAGGUUUAGUGGCACAGGGUGCUAUGGGGCAGCAGGAAAUAUAUUCAUUGACAGUGGCUGCCACUAUUGGGAGGUGGUCAUGGGUUCUUCAACAUGGUAUGCAAUUGGUAUUGCCUACAAAUCAGCUCCAAAAAAUGAAUGGAUUGGCAAGAAUGCCUCCUCAUGGGUCUUCUCUCGCUGCAAUAGUAACUUUGUGGUGAGACAUAACAACAAGGAAAUGCUGGUGGACGUGCCCCCACAGUUGAAGCGUCUAGGUGUCCUCCUGGAUUAUGACAACAACAUGCUGUCUUUCUAUGACCCAGCUAACUCUCUCCAUCUUCAUACUUUUGAUGUGACCUUCAUUCUUCCAGUGUGUCCAACAUUCACAAUCUGGAACAAAUCCUUAAUGAUCCUGUCUGGCUUGCCUGCCCCAGAUUUUAUUGAUUACCCUGAGCGGCAGGAAUGCAACUGCAGGCCUCAAGAAUCCCCCUAUGUUUCUGGGAUGAAAGCUUGCCAUUAAAUUUCAAGAGAGCAUAUGAUUCACUGGCUCUCCUGUUCAGCAGUUCUUCCCCUCAGUUAGUGUUCAAUAUACAAGAUAAAAUAAAGUUCAUCUGAAGCAUCCAAAAUAACUAGAUAUUGUAGAGUUAAUUUUGUGCAUUAAAGCUUGUAUUUGAAUCAACAUAUUGAGUUUCUCAGAACAAAUUAUCUGAGUAGUCUGGGUUCAAGCCAUCAAAGAAGAAAUUUAGAGAAAGCCUCUGUUGCCAUUGGAGAAUUAAAAAUUCCCAAUGAUUUAGGAGUAUUAAUUAUAUUGGAAGGAAUUAGGGUAAUUCUAGGUAGUAAUGUAGAAAGAUACUCUGAACAAGGAGCUAGCCAGCCAGAAAGGGGUAUGGUGGUCAGCCUUUCUUAUCACAUAUUACAUGUCCCUUUUAAUAAAAACCUACAAGCGAGGCUUUACCAUAAGAAAAACAUGAAAGUAUAUAUAAUAUAUAAAAUAACCAAAUUCAUUUUAUAUAUUAUAUUUACAAAAUAAAAUUUUUAAUUUGCACAUUUGGGUGAUAAGUUUACUGGAAGGAAAAACACCUCACUUCAUUAAUUUUUUCCCUAAAAGAAACAUCAAAAUCAAUCAGCAUUUCUCCUCUCCCACUUCCAUCUCUCCCCUCCCUCCACUUGUCACACACACAUACACAUGCAAUCAUGACACAGACAGUGAGAAGCAUUCUUGGUUGGAUUAAGAGAGACCUGGGGACAAGAUUGUACAAAAGAUGCUAUUGCUAGAUAGAAAACUGAUCCAGGUGGAAGUGUCCUAUGUAGCACAAUUUCAUUGAUGAUCAUUAAUGGAGGAGAUCCAUCUGAAUUGUUAAAAAUUAUGUCAGAAUAUUUCAAAGAAAUACAGUUUUAUCGCUCUCAAAUAUGUACUGUUUCUAGAAUUAGGCCAAAAAGGUUAUAUAAUGCAGUUUCUUUAGAAAUUCACUUUACUUGAUCAGUAAGAAAGGAAUUGUAUAGGUGCAGCAACUAUUUGCAUAUAAAUGUACUGUUUUCAGAUUAAAAAAAACUUGAAGUGCUUAUGAAUGCCUGAGAACAGUUUGUUCCUGUUAAAUGAGGUUAAAUACUCUUUCCAUUUGCAAUCUUCUUCACACUAUUAAUUUACUCAGCCACCUUUCCAAAUACAAACUUUAACUCUGUCCUCAUCAGCAAAGUUGAAGGGGAAUGAAUUUUAUGGUCUGUGAUUUUGUCAAUUCUAUUGCAGGGAGGAGAGCUAUCAGAGAGUAAGAGCUUUCUUCUUUCCAGGAGCUAAGUCUUCCCCAAAGAGUCUAUUCUUUAGAAGUUGUGAAAAUACUACUAUUUUGCAAUUAUGAAGUGAUAGCUAUAGCUAUGAUCACUUGUAGAUUGGGGCCUUAAAGUAAUGUCAAACCUUUGCUCAUCUUGCUUUCCAUCAGCUUGGUGAAGCUCAUUUACUAAUUUGUUCGAUAAACUAUUAGAUUCCAGGAAACACACUACUGCCCUGAGAAUGCACAUAAGUAAGAAAACAAUUCUUGCUCUCAAAUGGCUUAUUAUUCUAAAGAAGAGAGAGUAUCUCUACAAAUCUCACCCAAUAACAGUUAGAUAUUGUUUGUUUGCCUAACAUGGAAAGCAAGACUGAUGCAGAUACAAAAGGAAGGCUCAAAUUUACAUAGGUAAUGGUAAAGUCAGCUUUUUGGCUUUAAAGACCAUAUGUAUUCACUGCUAAUCAGGAAAUGAGCAACCUCAGUAAGAUUUAGGAUUUUUGGCAAAUAGCUUACUCUAAUGGAAAGCCUUCAGGUUAGAAUACCUUUGGGUUAGAAUAAUCCUAGUUUCUCAGCCAUUUACUAGCAGUGUGACCUAGGGCAGACACCUCACUUCUCUGAGCCUUUGUUUCCUUUUCUGUAAAAUAAUACUUCACAGGCUGUUUCAAAGAUUUCAAAAGAUAGCAUAUGAAAACUGCCUAGCACAGCACCUGGCAUUUAGUAAGUGUGUCAUAUAUAUACAUAGAUUUAUCUCCUCCUCAAAGCCAUUUAUUGGAUUUUGUGUCCUUUAGAUUUUAGUGCCCUGGGACGACACUUGAAUUUUCCCACUCUACUUUUGACUGUAACCUGGACUAAAUUUCUCCACCCCUGACUCUCUCAACCAGACUAACACCUGAUCUUCUAGACUGGUUUAUGGGCCCCUCUUUGGAACUCACAUGGCACUCUAAACAUUCCCUCCCUCAGAAAUAAUCACAGUGUAUAGCUGUGUUUUUCAAAAUGUGGUCUUCAGAGCACAUAUGUUAGAAUCACCUUCCAUGAUUUCUUUGUUAAAACAAUUGAUUUAUGGACCCCACUACUGAUCUACUUAAUUAAACUAUCUGGAAACAGGUGGAAAUGUACAUUUUUGACAAGCUCCUCAGGUUAUUCUAAUGCACAUGAAAGUUUAAUGUAUAAUAAUUAUCUUCCAUACUAGACUGGGAAUGCCUUGGGCAAGGACUAUGUCUUGUUGUUGUUGUUGUGUUUUUAAUACUUGGCACAGUGUCUGGAACAGAAUAGUUGCCUGGCUAAUGUUUGUUGAUUGAAUGUAUGAAUGAACAAAUGAACAAACAAAAUUUCUGUCUUGUACUCUGAUGAACAGAGAAGUAUUUGUUAUUUCCUGGGCAGAAAAGCUUGGUUAAUUCUCCAUUUUGUCUGUAUUGAUAUUUUGCGGAUACACGAGGGCUCAUACAUAUAAAUGAUCACUGUUCUCCUCAAAUACUCUUUGGUAGUCAGUCAUCUUGGGGAACUGUCUUUGGAAUAUGUGCCACCAUUCUUUUCAAUAACAUUUCAGUUUUUUUGACUUGUCUUUUGAAGGUAUAUUUAAGUUGAUUAGAGGCAAAAAUCACUCAAAGCUAAGCCUACUAAAUAAACUGGGAAAUGAAAGAGUUUGAGGUAAGCAAUGAAGUUUGACACUAAAGUCCCAACUUCUGAGCCAAAUAACAAAGUGACAUCUAAGAUAUAACAUAGUUGCAAAGCACACAGUAGGGGUUCCUCAAAUCCUAGAUAUUUACUUCAGCAAACUUAAGACUUUUGCAGAAUCCUGGCAGUGCCAGGGACCAUAAGCAAAGCCAUUGGCUAUCUCUAGCUGAACCCAGUAGCACAAGCCGAAUAGAAUCUGUAUUUAACAUCUUCAAGGAAGGUGACUUAAUAAGCUUUUUUGUUGCUUUACUCAAUCUAUUCUCCACAGCUCUUUCUGCUAGAAAAUUAUUUUCUGUGUGCAAUUUAUGCUUCUUUCCACUUUUUAUAUUGUCUUAUUGAAGAAAGCACAAACAUGAAGUUUAGCCUGUUUUGAGAAUAUGAAAGAAAUUUUAAUACCACAUAGAGGUUCUGGCUAUUUACAUAUAAGUAAGAGUAACUGCAUCUGACUGUGUUUUUAUUAUGUCAUUCCAUUCUAUAUCUUCAGAUGCAGUGAAAUUCCAAUUGCAGCAAAAUCACUUAUAUAUCAUAUUCAGCUAAAAUACUCUAGGCAAAUUUUCUAAGCUUCCAUGGUUUACAUAGUUAUAUAUGAUGACUACCUGGAUGGAGCAAUCCAUGGAUGGACUUUUGAAUAAGCUCAAACAUUUGAUACCCUUUCUUCCAAGGAAUAGAGAAUGUGAGGCAGGUAGAUAUGAACCACACCCACACUUAUUUCUAGCUCCUGAAGCCAAUUUCAGCCUUGGAGUCAUUGGCUGUAUUUGGCUGUGUAUUAUGAGUUGGCCAGACUUAUUGCCAUUGGGUCAGGAAAAACUGCCCUUUAUGGUGUGGUCUGCCAGCUUCAGACAUACGCUGUGUUGUUGUUAUUGGCUAGAAUAUUUAUUAGACUAUUGUUGGACUAUUUUUUAUCAAAUGCUUUAUCCCAGGCUUGUUUGUACUGGGAGCUCUGGACCAAUAGUGUCUCUCCUGGUGACAGAAAUGUGAGCAUCUGUGAAUUAUACACAGUCUCAUCCCUCUAAAAUAUCCCAGCCCAUCCAAAAUGCUAUAUUAUGAAUUAAAUAAAUAUAUAU